GCAUAUUGUGUCACUGGUGGCUAUAAAGUGGCAGUGUGCAGUGGUACAACACACUGUGAGUCUACAAUCACAGGGAGAAGAAUGAAGUCCCUCCUGCUCCUUCUACUGGUGGCUGUUACUGUCUCAUCUGUGGUGUCUAAACCCCUUCCGGAAGACUCUGAAGCAGAGGUGCACAAGGAGUUUGAGACAUGGAAAGUUAAAUAUGGGAAGAGCUAUCCGUCUACAGAGGAGGAAGCCAAACGUAAGGAGAUGUGGUUAGCAACGAGGAAGAGGGUGAUGGAACACAACAUGAGAGCAGGAAAUGGAUUAGAGAGCUACACCAUGGCGGUCAAUCACUUUGCUGACUUGACUACUGAGGAGGUUCCUAAAGGACUUUUGCCCAUGCCUCGACCUGAGGAAGAAGAGGUGGACAAAGAGUUUGAGAUGUGGAAAACUCUCCAUGGUAAGACGUAUAACUCCACCAAGGAGGAAGCUAAGCGUAAGGAGAUCUGGCUAGCUACUAGGAGAAGAGUGAUGGAACACAACAAGAGAGCAGAGAAUGGCUCAGAGAGCUUCACCACAGGGAUGAAUUACUUCUCUGACAUGACUUUUGAGGAGGUUCCUAGAGGAGGCCUUAUGGUUGUGUCUAAGCCUCCAGAUGGAGAGGAGGAAGCAGAGGUGGAUAAAGAGUUUGAAACGUGGAAGGUUCAACACGGGAAGAGCUAUGGUUCCACCGAGGAGGAAGCCAAGCGUAAGGAGAUCUGGCUAGCUACUAGGACAAGAGUGAUGGAACACAACAAGAAAGCAGAGAAUGACCCAAAGAGCUUUACCAUGGGGAUGAAUUACUUCUCUGACAUGGCUACUGAGGAGGUUCCUAAAGGUCUUUUUUCCAUGGUUUUGUUUUCUCCAGCUGGAGAGGAUGAAUCCGAGCUGGACAAAGAGUUUGAGGCGUGGAAAAUUAAACAUGGGAAGAGCUACGAGUCCCCCGAAGAGGAAGCCAAGCGUAGGGAGAUCUGGUUAGCUACUAGGACGAGAGUGAUGGAACACAACAAACGGGCAGAGACUGGCUUGGAGAGCUACACCAUGGGGAUGAAUCAUCUUUCUGACAGGACUACUGAGGAGGUUACAGGACGCAGGCCUCAAGAUGGGGAGGAAGCCGAGGUGCACAAGGAGUUUGAAACAUGGAAAGUUCAAUAUGGAAAGACCUAUCCGUCCACCGAGGAGGAAGCUAAGCGCAAGGAGAUUUGGCUAGCUACUAGGAAGAUUGUGACGGAACACAACAAGAGAGCAGAGAAUGGCCUGGAGAGCUACACCUUGGCAGUCAAUCACUUUGCUGACUUGACUAAUGACGAAGUUCCUAGAGGACUUCUUCCCAUGGGAUGAAGAAGACUGGACCCCAUGAGGAAUUAACUAUUCCGUAAUUUACAAUAAAUAUAAACACUACACUUUAAA